AUGUCGAGAGCGUCACACAUCCAUUGGUGUAGCCAAACGUCACUGCGCGAUGACUUCUUCAGGAACACGUCUCGACGGUGGAUAAUGAACGAAGACAAACGGUCUGAGGAAAGAUACGUCAAAUUCAAUCCGACUGAGCUUCAGCGUGUUGCAGGCCAGGUAAUGGAGGAGGAUCAUUGCCCUUUCAUCAUCAAGCUUGCGGAAGGAGGAUUCAACAAGGUUUUCCUAUUAGGAACAAACUCCGGAAAAGAAGUCAUAGCACGGAUUCCCACUCCCAUUGCUGGUCCUCGCCAUUACACCACCGCCAGUGAGGUUGCCACGAUGGCCUUCUUGCGAGAUAUUCUAAAAGUUCCAGUUCCAAAGAUCUUGGCGUACUCGUCAGAUUCGACCAAUCCAGUUGGGACAGAGUACAUCAUUAUGGAGCGAAUAAAAGGGGUCAGUCUUGCGUCGCAAUGGCUAUCUCUCUCCACAGCGGAGGUGAGUAGCUUGAUGAAACAAAUAGCGGAAGUUGAAGAGACGAUUUUCAGCUAUCCAUUUCCGGGGUACGGAAGUUUAUAUCGCAAAAGAGAUCUGCAAGGGGAACCGCAGCUACCGCUUUCGGUAGAAGACUUCUGUAUUGGUCCUAUUGCUGCGCGGCAGUUCUGGUAUGGUGUUCGGAGUAAUACCAAGAUUGAUCGCGGUCCUUGGCUCUCAUCCGAAGACUGCUUUACAUCUGCUGCUCGACGAGAGACCACUUGCAUAUUGCAGUAUGCUAAGCCUCAACCUCGAAGAACCUUUCUCCUUCCUACCAGUUUCGAUAUCGACCCUUCGGAGCAUACCUCGCUUCUUUCAAAAUUCCUGCAACUUGCCACUCCCUUGAUACCAGAAGACCCAAAUCAUAAUUAUCCCACUCUACGACAUCCAGACUUGACUCUGAAUAAUAUCUUACUAGAACGUGGCUCCAAGAAGAUUGUGAGCAUUAUAGACUGGCAAGAUAGCAUCAUCUUCCCGCUGUUCAUGCAGGCAGGCUACCCAGCCUUUUGCGAGCAUGAUUUGUCGAAGGCUCAACGCUUACAGGUUCCAUCCCUCCCAGAUAACUUUUCCGAUAUGAGCAGCGAGGAACAGAUGGAAGCAAAAGUUGUAUUUCGCUCGAAGGAAGCAAACCUCUAUUACACAGCAGCUACUGGGUUGUAUAAUGGUAAUCACUGGAGCGCUUUGAAGAUCCCACACCUUGGCAUGCGACAAUAUCUACAUCAACAGACAGGAUACCCCUGGGAUGGAGAUGUCAUCAACCUUCGUGCUGCUCUUGUCAGAAUCACAACUCCGCAUGUUUGGAACGCGAUUACGUCAGAACGGUGUCCGGUGGUCUUUUCUGAUCAGGAACAGCACACAGCAAUGGAGGAAUCAAAUGAGUGGAAUGAUUUAGGUAUUGACCCCGAAGGUGGUACAGAACCCGCAAACUUUGAGCGGGCGUCUCGGAGAAAUCUGGAAUAUCGAUUGGAAAUGGUACGGCAGGCCGAGGAGGAUGAGCGUGAUAUUUGCUGGCGGAACUGGCCCUUUAAGGAUGAUAAAGACUACUCUUCUCCUCCAAGAGUAUGA